AUGGCACAGAUUGAGGUUGAAAGCUUGUUUAAUUAUGCCAUGAGAGGGCAAUGGAAAGAAGUGUUAGAAGCCUACAAGAAAAACCAAGGUGCAUUGGGGGCUAAGAUCACAAAAGCAGAAGACACAGUCUUACACAUUGCAGUGUAUGUUGGACAAACCAGUUUUGUGGCGAGUUUGUUAGACAACAUAAGCUUGGAAGUGGCAUGCAACAUCCUACGCAUGCAAAACUCAAAGGGAAACACUCCCUUGCAUAUAGCAGCUGAGCUUGGAAACAUAGACAUUUGCAACAACAUAGCCAAAAGGGAUCCCAACCUCAUUUCUCUUCGCAACAAGGAAGAUGAGACCCCUCUCUUCUUGGCUGCUGUUCAUGGCAAGAGAGAUGCAUUCUUUUGUCUCCAUGGCCACCAACAAAACCACGAUGAUGAUGAUGAUUCCCUGGCUAGUAAGAGCAACGGGGACACCAUUCUUCAUUCAACCAUCUCCGGUGAAUACUUUGGUUUGGCGCUUCAAAUAAUUGAGUUGUAUCCAAACCUUGCGAAUUCUGUAAAUCGGGAGGGGUUAUCACCUCUGCAUAUUCUUGCUAGGAAGCCUAAUUGUUUCCAAAGCAGCACGCGAAUGGAGUUGCUUCCGCGUAUCAUCUACAGUUGUUUGUUUGUUGACGAGUUUGAGGAAAAAGAUGACAUACGUUAUAAUCAAGCUGCCACAAGUGAUGAUUACCCGAUGAACUAUGCAACAUGCAUGGGCUUCUUAUCUUUGUUCAAGAGUGCACUCAAAGUUACAACAACAGGAAAAGAUAGGAAAGCUGCAAGUGAUGAUGAAGAGAAUAAUGUCUUGCGAAAACCUGGUAAUUUUUCUAUCCAAGAGCAAGCAAAGAAGGAAAAGGAACGCUACUGGUUCCCUCCCAACUGGGAAGCCGUGAUCCAAUUCCUAACCCUUGCGAUAAAGGCCUUGCUAAUCAUUUUCGGUGUUGGAGCAUCUUGGAUAGAGAAAAUCCAACGAAGGAAAGUGAAACACAUCCUGGCCAAGCAAGUGAUGAAUGAACUGAUUCAGCGUGCUUCUUCUGCAUACAAGUAUGAGUAUACUAGAAUGAGUUCUGAUGCUCUUCAAGAUGAUAAUGACAUAGGAAACUUAGAAAGUAUUAGAAAAAAGGAGAAGGGAAGUAUUCAAAAGACAGUAAAGGAGUCACCUAUUUUAAUAGCAGCAAAGAUGGGAGUGACCGAGAUGGUUGAAAAGAUCCUUGAAACAAACCCUGUGGCUAUCCAUGAUGUGGACUCUAAUAACAAGAAUGUUGUUCUUUUGGCCAUAGAGAAUAGGCAACCUCGUGUUUACAGUCUGUUGAAUAAGAAGAGUUUAACUAAGGAGAGUGCAUUUCGUCAAGUGGAUAAUCAGGGUAACAGUGCAUUGCACCUUGCUGCCACAUAUAGGAGUCAUAAGCCUUGGCGUGUCCCUGGUGCUGCAAUGCAAAUGCAGUGGGAAUACAAGUGGUAUAAGCUUGUUAAGAAUUCCAUGCCACCAAAUUUCUAUGAACGUUACAAUAAGAACGGGCAAACAGCAAAGCAACUCUUCGUGAGUACACAUGGACCACUUGUGAAAGAAGGUAGUAAAUGGCUUACCAAAACCUCAGAAUCGUGCUCAGUUGUUGCGGCCCUUGUUGCAACUGUGGCAUUCACAACAUCAACAGCAAUACCAGGUGGUCCCGAUCAAAACACGGGUUCGCCAUUAUUGCAAGGAAAACCUGCUUUCAACCUCUUUGCUAUAGCAUCACUUGUUGCACUUUGCUCCUCUGUCACAGCCCUCAUUUUGUUUCUUUCAAUACUCACAUCUCGGUACCAAGAAAAGGACUUUGCUGUGGACUUGCCAAGAAAACUUCUUAUGGGAUUGACUACACUCUUCACAUCUAUAGCAUCUGUGUUGAUAUCAUUCUGUGCGGGGCAUUUCUUUAUCAUUGAAGACCAGCUCAAAUACGCAGUUUAUCCUAUAUAUGCUGCUACCUGUUUGCCUGUGUCGUUCUUUGCACUGGUCCAACUCCCUCUUUAUUUUGAUCUCUCUUUGGCUAUGGUUCGGAAGGUUCCUCAGAGAAGCUAUAAAGUGCUCUCCCACUAG